AUGGCUCCGACAGGACCUCCGAGACGCUUCAAGGUGGAGCCUAUAGAAACAUCCACAUCGUCUUCGAAAGACAGACGUGCAGAGGAACAGACUGAGAGGCCAAAACUGGUCCGGAAAUUCGCACCGGAACCACUGGAGACUACCACCAAGUCUAAUCGCAAGUUCGCUCCCGAGCCGGUGGAGACGACGGUCAAGACGAAUCGCAAGUUCGCGCCUGAACCAGUUGAGACGACACAAAGAACGAACCGCAGAUUUGCACCCGAGCCCGUUGAGACCAGCCAGAGGACGAAUGCUCACACCGCGUCUGACCCUCCAGAGAUCAUUGUCAAGAGUCCGCUGAGUCCUAGCCGCCAGAGGUUCGCUGAGGAAUGGGGCCAGCAACCAUCUCCAAGAAGGUUCAAACCAGAACCGUUGGGAACCACAUCGUCGAGCAAUCGCAAGCCCAAGCCUAUAUUGAAGCGCGCCUCUGGGAAGUUCUCACCACAACUCAUUGAGACUGCCCAGCGACAUCGCAAAGCAUCGGACAACGCCCCAGCUUUAUACCCUGCGGACAAGACCGACGCCACUCCUGAUACCAUAAGUCGUCGUAGAGCGAGAAUUUUGGGCAUAUCACCGAGUGCACCAGUAAACUCACCAUCUAUCGAUGUGACCCAGAAUCCCUUGUUUCUUGAGGUUGAGAAGGGAUACGCAUCCUGUCCACUAGCACGGCGGCGCUCCUACUUUAGCUCGUCCCAACAUUCUUUCCGCAUUCCCGACCUAGAUCCCAUCGAGUCGUCUGAAUCUGAAGCCUCGACGCCGUCGUCACCUUCGACGUCACCCCUCAAGCACGAUCACUCUUUUAUGUACACAGAGGUCACUCGGAGAAGGGAAAGUAUCGACGACGCGUCAGCUGGAUAUCUGUUGGAAUUGGCUGCUAAGACUGCAGAGAAACAGUUGAGAGAGCAAGCCAUGGCCGCCUUUCCAAACGACGAUUAUCACGAGCCGAUUGCGCACUAUGUGACUCGGGAUUCAGACGAGCUUGACUCACUUGGGAAUGGAGGGCGAUCAUUCACUGAGAUCAAUUGGGAACUGGAAGCUAUGCAGAAGUAUCAGGAGAACCAAAAAGCCGAGAAGGAAAAAGAGAAGGAGAAGGAGCGACAACCAGACCAGACCAAGAAGCCGGCAUACAAUCCAUUUGGCAACCCAGCUGGCUUCCUAGACUCCGCUACAGCCAAGAAACUUGCGCAAGAUGCGGGCAAUCCUGAGAUGGCUCGCAUGCGGAAAAGUGCUCGUCCACCAAUGCUCGGAAGUGACAUCAGAUUUCCGCGGUGUGAUUCACCAGAACCUUCACGAUUCGAUCCUACACAAGGAUGCGAUGCCGUCAAGACUGCCAUGUGCUACCUCUCAGAGCAGACUAAAGCUGCUUCGGAGAAAGGAGAGUCUCUGUGGUGUGGACAGGGUAACGGCAGGCAGACCAGCACAACUCCUUCGCUGUGGUCGACUGCAAACAGUCGAGCAUCAAACUUCAGUAGCAUUGACGAAAAGCUUGCAGUCGAGCAGACCAUUGCCGAUGACUUCUCAGACGAUUUUGUCACGCAAGUUUACAACUACUUGUCGCUUGGAUACCCAUCCAUGGCCCGCCCUUUUGAUGCCGAGCUUUCUAAGAUAUCUGGCAUUCCACUCGUCGAACUCCGGCAAGACGACCACCUCGCUGCGUCAAGAGGAUACAUUCGCCUCGGCAAGGACGGCAAUCUCACUGAGAAUGAGAUCACAGAAGAGACAUGCUCCCGCUGGCGUGCGCUCCGAAUCUAUAUUCAAGAAUGGGCGAGACAGCACCCGAACAUGGCCGAGGAAGAGAUUCCCUUUGGCGGCCGUGGAACUGCUGUCCGCAAGGGAAGCUGGGCCCUUUGAGAGUCUUCUACAUCAUAUUGCGACAUAAGCCGGCGUUCCUUCUGGUAUCAUUUAACAGCCUGGUACGGUUGCGGCAUGCGAUUGGUUUCUUGUUGCAUCUUUAGCGCUUUAUAGUACAUGCAGCGUUUUUGUUCUUUAUUCUUACCAUAUACUUCUUUAGGGAUGCCCAAUUUGUAGACUGUGUUAGAGAAGGAAGAUAUUGUGAAAUUGAAUUGAGAACUACAAAUCUA